AUGGCGUUACAAACCUUGUGGACUAUUUACAAUAGAAAAGAUCAUUAUUUAAUCGUGGAUUCUAGCGAGGAAAAUUCAAACAAGUUUAAAAUUGAAUACCUAGGCUCCGAUAAAAGGGCCAACGACAGCACUGCAAUACGUACGAAUCAGUCAAUUUCUUUACAGCAGGAGUUUUAUUUUGAAGUUACUAUUUCUAAUAAAGAAGAAAAUGGAAUCAUCGGAAUUGGAUUUUACAAAGCUUUGACUCAAGAAAGUGCUAGAGAAGUUUCUAAACAAAAUCUAUUCGAAGAAGCAUUAACAGUGGCCACCAAAGAAGUAAAUGAAUUUAUCAACUUAGUAAAAGAAGGAGAUAUCUUCAAAGAAGAUUUCAACAUAAAUAAUUUAGAUGUCUUACCACUCUUGGCGGCUAACAAAGAAAACUUCAGAACUAUGUUAGCAUCCCUCAUUGAAAAUCAAGAAAGCUUAGCCAUUAUUAAAGAAUGGGUUGCAAAUGCAAUCAAAAAUUUCAACCAAUUAACGAGGACAACUACUAUCAAUAAAAAGAUUUUCACAAAUAUUUUAACCCUAUUAAACAAAUUCCUUAAUGAAGAAUCAUGUGAAAUUAACAAAAACAAUACAACUUUCGAGCAUAUUUUAGAAAUAUUAAAGCUUGAAGCAGAUAAAUCGGCAGCUAACGUAAAUUUGAGUAACGAACAAAUCUUAGAAGAAGCAGCCUUACAUGAUCUUGCUAAAAUUUUGGCAGAUGAAGAUAUUAACAAUGAUGAAGAAAUUAAUGAUUAUGAAAAAAUUAACGAUUAUGAAGAAACUCUUUUAAUAGUACCUGAAAUAUCGCAUAAAAUGGUUUAUAUAAAAGAAAAAUUUUUAAUAGCUGAUGAGAAGAAAAAGAAAUUAUUAAAAGAUAAUAUAUCAUCACAAUCAUCUUCAAACUGUCAAUAUAUUAGUAAACAUAUUGAUACACGAGACAUUCGGAAAUUGUUAAACGAACGUAUUAGCAAAACUAUUGAUAUACAUGAAAUUCAAAAUAUGCUAUCAACAUUUCUUUCCAGUUAUGAUUGGACAUCAUAA